CGCUGAGAGAAACGGCAAUAGCUUCAGGUAUGAUAAUCUGCAGGCAGCACCGCUAGGGGUAUAUAUACAUACAUCAAGCCUAGAGUCAUUUCUACCCUGAUCCCAUCAGCUCUGGUGUCUCUCACUUAGCAGCACCCUGCGAUCCUCAACUUUAUUGCUAAACAUAAUCUACUCUUCCAUUGUGUCCUGGGCUACUGAGUCAUGUAUCACUGCUGAAGAAGUGCUUUUAAAUUAAGGAUGGCAGCCCUGUAUCUUGGCGCAAUAUCAUUACUUCUGGCAGUGGUUAACACGCUCUCGGAUAUCAGUGUAUACCAAGUACCCUUUGCUUCAGGGCUCGUCGGCUCCACUGUCAACUUGACGUGCCUUUUAAUCGACCAUGAAAAGCAAGUCAGCAGAGCACAUCCCUACUGGAUAUUGCAGAAACCAAACCAACCGGAAGUGACGUUGUACCCUGUCAAGCCCAGGGAGGCGACCCGUGCUGAGCUCAGCAAUGAGAAGGAAUGGAAAGACAUGUCAAUAUCCUUCUCCAAUCUACAGCUCUCGGACACAAAUGUAUAUAUAUGUCGUAUAUCGGUGCUUAAAGGGGCAGACCCCCUCUACAUUGCAGGAAAUGGGACAAUGCUCUAUGUUCAUGGUCCAAUCCAGAUGAUUUUCAACAACUCACACGUUAUGUGUAAGACACAAGUUCAGAUGGCAGAAACCGUCAGCUUGGUUUGGGACUUUGGAUUCUGGGAGAUGAUUCGCGGGGCAGAGUUCCAUGAUAAACAACCUAAUCCGGAUGGUUCAUUUUGGGUCAGCAGCCAUGUUACCCUUCAGUGGCCUUGUCCAGCCAUGGGAAAUGUGACAUUGAGUUGUUUACUCAGAAAUAACAUGGGAUACAUCAUUGAUAAGCAGAGUGCUGAGGUUCCUUGUCCAGCUCCAAUAGAAAUGGAUUUCAACAACACGCAUGUUACAUGUGUAAGUCAAAUCCAAGAGGCACAAAAUAUCAGCUUGGCAUGGCACUUUGGACACAACAAAGGGAUCCAUGGACCAGAGCUCAUUAACCAAUGGCAGAACCCAGAUGGCUCAUACUGGAUCAGCAGCAGUGUCGCCCUUCACCAGGAAAGGUGCCCAACCAAAGCAAAGGUGACCCUUAGUUGUUCACUCAGGCACAGCUUGGGGUACACCCUUCAGAACCAGAGUAUUGAGGUCCCUUGCACAGGUGCUAUAAAAUUUAAAGGACACCACCCCGUUCUCUUUUACUGUUUGCUGUUGGGAAGCACAUUGCUCAUCCUCUUAUUGGUGCUGCUCUUGUUCUACAGAAGGAGGCGCGGCCUAAACCCAAGACAGAGACUGAAGGUUCAUGUUCCCUAUAAUGCUGUGAACGCUGCCCGGAUGAUCCCAGUUGAAAUCUAUGUUCCAUGGAUACCGGUUUGUUCCUUGCUCGGAGGACAUGUUGGAAAAUGUAAUGUGCCGGUGUGCGAUAUUUGCCUGACUAUGAUGAGAAAAUGAGAAGGAGCUGCAGCUCCACUUUUACUUCUUGCUGUUCCAGUUAUUCAGGCUGUCGAAUAGAACUAUUUUAUGGCCCCAUUGUAUGGUAACUGUCUGAUUGGUCAGAGAGCCGAUGUGUCGAACAUACCUUUUGUCUGUUGGUUUAAUUAGGAAAUUGUUUUUGUUAUUUUUUGCACUAAACAGGGCAAAGAGUUAACUGUGGAAGGGGUUGAAGGUAGUUUAUCAAACUGCCAGUUCACAUAUAAACCCUGUGUAUAAUAAACUCCUCCUUAUCUUAAA